GUCCCCAAACAGGUUUGUGCCCUGUCCCGAGCCUUCCCCCUCACUACCCAGACCCACCAACAGUGGCCGGCCUGGGGUUGAGGCCUAGCAAUUACACCAGCCCAGCCAUGGGGGCUCCAGUGCGCUGCCAGCUGAGAGAUGGAGUGCUCUGAGCGGGUGGACCCUAGGAAGCGCACCCCACACCCCCAGAGAAGUGGCCGUGCCCAGGGGUGGGGUGAAGACUGCUACUCCCAGCACCUGAAGGACUCUUGGGGAGGCAUGAAUUCCUAGCAUUCCCUGCCACUGGCCAGGACAGGGAGACGGGGGCAGGGGAGAGGGCGCAAGCACCCCCUAGGGAGGUGGCCACAGCAGGAAGAGGGGCAGACAGAGCCUGGAGCCUGGGAAGGAGGCAGGAUGGCCGCAGGGGCAGCAGCCAGAGACUGGGUGCUGGUCUUCAGCCUGUGGGGGGCGGUGGUGGGCGCACAGAACAUUACAGCCCGGAUCGGGGAGCCACUGGUGCUGAACUGUAAGGGGGCCCCCAAGAAACCACCUCAGCAGCUGGAGUGGAAACUGAACACAGGCCGCACGGAGGCGUGGAAGGUCCUGUCCCCCCAGGGAGGCCCCUGGGACAGCGUGGCCCGUGUCCUCCCCAACGGCUCCCUCCUGCUCCCAGCUGUUGGGGUCCAGGACGAGGGGACUUUCCGGUGCCGGGCAACCAGCAGGAGCGGAAAGGAGGCCAAGUCCAACUACAGAGUGCGCGUCUACCAGAUUCCUGGGAAACCAGAAAUUGUAGACCCUGCCUCGGAACUGAAGGCCGGUGUCCCCAGUAAGGUGGGGACAUGUGUGUCAGAGGGGGGCUACCCUGCAGGGACUCUGAGCUGGCACUUGGAUGGGAAACCCCUGAUACCUGACGGGAAGGGCGUGUCUGUGAAGGAGCAGACCAGGAGACACCCCGAGACGGGGCUCUUCACGCUGCAGUCAGAGCUGGUGGUGACCCCAGCGCAGGGAGGAGCUCCACACCCUACCUUCUCCUGCAGCUUCAGCCCAGGACUCCCCCGCCGCCGGGCCUUGCAUGCACCCCCAAUCAAGCCCAGAGUCUGGGACCCUGUGCCUCUGGGGGAGGUCCGACUGGUGGUAGAGCCGGAAGGUGGAGCAGUAGCUCCAGGCGGGACUGUGACCCUGACCUGCGAAAGCCCUGCCCAGCCGCCGCCUCAGAUCCACUGGAUGAAGGAUGGCGUGGCCCUGCCCCUCCCCCCCAGCCCUGUGCUGCUCCUCCCGGAGGUGGGGCCUCAGGACCAGGGGGCCUACAGCUGUGUGGUGGCCCACCCCAGCCACGGGCCUCAGGAGAGCCCUGUUGUCAGCAUCAGCGUCAUCGAAACAGGCGAAGAAGGGCUGACCGCAGGCUCCGCGGGAGGGUCAGGGCUGGGAACUCUGGCCCUGGCCCUGGGGAUCCUGGGAGGCCUGGGGACAGCUGCUCUGCUCUUCGGGGUUGUCAUGUGGCAGAGGCGGCGGCGCCAAGGAGUGGAGCGCAGGAAGGUCCCAGAAAACCAGGAGGAGGAGGAGGAGGAGCGCGCAGAGUUGAAUCAGUCGGAGGAGCCGGAGGCGGCCGAGCACAAUGCAGGAGGGCCUUGAGGGGCCCACAGACAGACCCCACCCACCAGCCCCCUUUGUUUUCCCUGGCCCCAGACCAGCUCUCCCCUCUACGAUCCCUGGCCCCCCUUGCCAAACUUUCUUCCACCACCAGACACCCCCCAAACAGUGAUGAGUAAACACCCGACACACCUUG